CGGUAACUUCUUCCGAAGACGGCGAAGGACGAAGCCGUCAGGGGUUGCAGAAAACGACGCCAGAGUACAAGUUUUAACCACAUUUCGGGCCACGAGGGUUGGAUCGUUUGGACGCGUUACUUUUUCUUUUUUUUUGUGUGUCUUUCUACGAAAUGUUAAAAUCCGCGAAGUGAGGCGUGAGAAACGCCGAAGUGAACAAGGGUCAACUCCGGGCUCGCUAGCUAGCAAAGCGGCUUGUGACGCGCUGUCCGGGAGGGCGCAGACGUGCGUCCGCGUGCGUGUGUGUGCGCGCGGCACAACGUGGAGACGGAGACGACGGGGAUCGACCGUAGCCGAUGAAUUUCAAUCAGAGUUCGGAGCAGACGCGGAAGGGGGACCGCGCGGCGUUUCACGCCACCGAGGAGACGCCGUCACCGGAACACGGCGAGAAUCGAAGCGCCAUGGUCACCACAAAGGGAGCUGGCCUGAACCCCAAUGCCAAAGUGUGGCAGGAGAUCCCUACCUCCCAGAACAGUGUCCCAGAGGGGACGGAGGGCUCCACGUGGCUGCAGGACUCCACCUCCUCUGCUGCAAUGACUGAAGGCAUUGACCAAGGUUUCUCAGAGAUGACCUCUUCCGGCAGUAAAGGAUACAGCCCACAAUAUUUAGGCAACUACGUCAGCGGCCAUAUGCCUGCGGAGGGCAUUGUAAAUGGUAUUGACCAUCCUGAGUUGGGGUAUCCUCUCUUUGACCCAAUCCCUGAGUCAGCAAUAGAUGGGGAGGUGUCUAAAGAACAGCCACUGUCCGAGGAGAGCCUGAGAGAGUCUUUGAAGACACAGCUGGAGUUCUACUUCUCCAGAGAGAACCUAUCAAAGGACCUGUACCUGAUGUCCCAGAUGGACAGUGAUCAUUUUGUUCCCAUCUGGACCAUCGCUUGCAUGGAAGAUGUCAAGGUCCUCACCACUGACAUGGGCCUCAUUUUGGACAUUCUCCGAGCCUCUCCCAUGGUGGAAGUGGAUGAGAUGGGGGAGAGGGUUCGCCCCAAUCACAAGCGUUGCAUCAUUAUCCUGAGAGAGGUCCCAGAGACCACGCCAGUGGAGGAGGUGGAGGCUCUCUUUAAGAGUGAAGCCUGUCCGAAGGUGAUCAGCGUUGAGUUUGCACACAACAGCAGCUGGUACAUAACCUUCCAGUCGGAUACAGACGCCCAGCAGGCUUACAGAUACCUGAGGGAAGAAGUUAAAACAUUUCAAGGAAAACCAAUCAUGGCUCGUAUCAAGGCCAUCAACACGUUUUUCGCCAAGAACAGCUUCCGCAGUAUGGACUCGAGCAUGUACAAUCAGCAUUCUCAGCGUCAGCAGCAGUAUGGCUCCCCUCUCCCCUACAUGCAGCAAGUGUACAGCCCCCAGCAGCAGUACCCCAUGUUCCGACUGAUGCCCCCUUCCUGGAACCCUUCACUCCCACCUUACUUUGAGACUCCACUGGCGCCUUUCCCAAACAGUGGAUUUGUGAAUGGUUACAGCGCCACGGGGACCCACAAAGCCGGCUCUAACCCCAUGAAUAGUGGACAUCCCUUCAACAGAAACCGAAACCAUGUGAAAAGCCACCUAAGGCCUGGUGAUGUGCUCCCUUCUCCCUCUGUGGCCCCUGGAAGCCUGACUGAUGACCUGUGUGGUCCGUCCAGUCCCCAGCCUCCACAGACUUCAUCACGCCUUAUUGGAACCACCUCAGAGCCAAUCAUAACCCCCUCAUUCACCCUCAAAGAGACUGUUCCUCAGGCUGUCGCACCUAAUGGAGACCAGUGCAUCGCCGGGCGGGGCAGGAGAGGAAACUACAGAGGCAUGAGAAGGAGGAGGGAGGAUGAGCGUACUUUGAAGCCCAUCCCUCUGGCUGAAGUCAAGGUACCAGCUCCAAAGUUUGAUUUGGCAACCUCCAACUUCCCCCCAUUGCCUGGAUGUGUGGUCAGUACUCAAGGAGAGCCUGUGCCAGAAACACGUCUGUCCGAUGUGGUGCGUGGCCUCAAGGUGACCGACAAGACAGAGAAAAAAGAAGGGGGCAAUGAAACUCGGCCUGCCAACGUCCCAGAAGAUUCAGCAAGCACACCAAGUCCUGUGAUCAUAGCUCCCAAACCCUCACCUACAGUACCAAUGAUAGCAAGUGUUUCUCAUCAGGUAAAGAGAGUAGACAAAGCUGAGCCUCCAGUUCCAGCAGGGGUACCCGUCUCUUCAUCCACCCAGCUAGUGUUGCAGCCUGCUGCAGAACCUGCCUCGACCGCCAAAACCACCCGCUGCCAGUCCGUCUCUGCAAAAUCACCCACCCUGUCUGCCCCAGCUCUUACCGCAGCCCCAGAGCCAAGAAAGCUGAGCUAUGCAGAAGUGUGCCAGAGGCUAGCCAAGGACCCACCCCCGGCACCGGCUCCAUCUCCCACCCCUCCGGCCACCUCAGCCAGCCAACCUCUGCGAGAGCUUAAGGUCAACAAGGUAGAGGAGCCUGUGUCACCAUCCAACGACAUUAUUGACAGAUCAGAGAAGCCUGGAGACGCCCGGCCCACUCGGGAGCCCCUGGGCUCCUAUCGUGGAGGAAAUGACUUGGCCAAAGGUGGAGUUGCAGGGCUCAAGAUCCGGGAACAUCAGAGAUGGCCCCCUAAUCGCCGGCGCUUUUCCCCACAGGGGGGGGGCAGACGUAGUGGAAAGGAGCAGAACAUUCCUCCAAGAUCACCCAAAUAGUUAAAGGGGAAAAGCUAUUAACCCAUGAACUAACAAAGAAACAUAUGUGUAUAUAUAGAGAGAUAAAUAUAUAUUAUUGGACAUGAAAAAAAAAACAAAAGGAAAAAAAUUGUGUCAUCACACCAUGCCAUCGUUGGGGGAGGUUCAAAUCGUUUUAGAAAUAAGCAGGAGCAACUCACAGAAUUCAGGACCUCUUUGGACUGAGGCAUGCUCACACUUUAAGGUUAAGCUAACAUCACUGUAGUGUAGUGAAAAGGACCGUACGUACAUGCUCAGUAAGGCUUUGGAGAACAGAUGUGUUCUGUAAUGCCUUGCAUCUACACAACUAAGAAUAGUCAAGGUGUUAGCGUAGCUUGUCAACAUGCAACAGGGCAGAGAGUGUGUGUAUUUUGUAAAUGAGAUGUGGUAUUGAAUGUAAUUAUCUUAAGUUUACUGUAUUGUUUUUUAAGCAAUUAAACGAGGGACAACUGAUUAUCACUGAGCUAGUACUAGGGACUAAGGAUUAUUGCUGGACUGGAAGACACUGAAGUCUUGAUAUGGUGUCUGUCAAACUUGGGAUAUCCCCCCCCCUUUUUUUUUCUCCCCAAUUGUACUUGGCCAAUUACCCCACUCUUCUGAGCCAUCCUGGUCGCUGCUCCAGCCCUUCUGCUGAUCGAGGGAGGGCUGCAGACUACCACAUGCCUCCUCCCAUACAUGUGGAGUUACCAGCCACUUUUCACCUGCCAGUGAGGAGUUUCACCAGGGGGACGUAGCGCUUGGGAGGAUCACGCUAUUCCCCCCAGUUCCCCCCCCCCCCGAUUAAGUGCUCCAACUGACCAGAGGAGGUGCUAGUGCAGCAACCAGGACACAUAACCACAUCCGGAUUCGGACCAGGAUCCCUGUGUUGGUAGGCAAUGGAAUAGACUGCUACCCUACGCGGACGCCCCCAACCUUGGGAUAUUCUAAUUUUAAUAUGGAAGGACGGAGGUUUCAUUUUGAGCAGCAUUUCAGGGUCUGCCUGAGGAAAGGCUGAUUCUUAAGAGACUAGGUGAAUAGUUGUUAGUCGCGUGGAAUGAUCAGUAUCAGUUCAAGCCAGCCACAUGUGUUCUUUUUAAACAUCUAUCCCGUAUCAUUUCAUUUACCCUGAACUGUUGUAUCCAUAUUUGACGUUGUCCUAAAUAACUGGAUUAUUUGCCCUCUCAGUGGAUGUGUCCUGAAGAUCUCAGUCUGUCUUGGUUCAGCAGCUUAAGGGGCUGAAAUACAGAUGAGCUGAAGGUUUGCUAAGGGCGGUGCUAGCGAGACACCUCAAUAUGUGUAAUGUUCUCAUUUGUUGUAGGGUGUAAUGUUUAAUUUUCUUUCUUUUGAUGACACUAAUAGUCCUUAGAUCAGAUGUUUAACCCGCAUUAAGCUCCAAAUGCCCUCCAUCCUUGUUGGGUUUGCUUAUCCGCUACUAUAAGCAUCACUGUAUGCACAGUUUCAAGCUUGCACAUAGGUUGUCUAAUGCCCCUUUUCCACUACGUGGUACCGGCUCGACUCGCUUCUCUGUCAUUUCCAUUACCGUAACAGUGUAGCUGGUCGUCAUAGCGACGCCUAGUUGAACUGCUGUGAUGUCCUCUUCACUGCAACCGUUGUGAGAACAAACAAGAACAAUGGCGGACAUCGAGAGGGGAUACUGUAAUUAAUCAUUGGUGUGUGUGGCUGUUUGCCACAGCAAGUUUUCAAUAUCUGAGGCGUCCGGGUGGCGUAGCGGUCUAUUCCGUUGCCUACCAACGCGGGGGUCAACGGUUCGAAUCCCUGUGUUACCUCCGGCUUGGUCGAACGUCUCUACAGACACAAUUGGCCGUGUCUGUGGGUGGGAAGCCGGAUGUGAAGAGUAGGGUAAGGGGGGUUAUGUACUUUUAAGAUAACUCCACUUCGGUAUUCAAAAAUGUCGGGCGAUAUCCCAUGCGCACAGUGAUGACGCAGAGACACGUUUCUCUGACCAAUCAGAGGUCUGCAUUGAUUUGCGUACCCGCUUCAGGGUUUUUGGAACCUCGACAAAGGUGGUACCAGGAAAGUGGUAACAGUUACCAAAACGCCGGCACUUUCCGGUAAUGGCAAACAAAAAAGGGCGAGUCAAGUUGAGCCAGUACCGUGCAGUGGAAAGGGGUAUAAAUGUUCUUUGGCUAUGUGUCAUCAUUGGACAAACUACCCGUACAGCUCCCUUUAAUCCAUCCUCCCAGCGGUGUUAAGACUGGUGACGCACAUGUCUCCCAUCUGCCAGUUGGGCAGGGAAAUGGUCACCUAUAUUUUACUUCUUAAAACAGACCUAGAGAUGAGUUUCUUGACUUGUAAAUAUGUAAUUAUAUAUAUUUUAAGGUCAGUUUUCGUUCUCCCAUAUCUCUAAGUAAAUAGUUAAUUUUAGUGUGGCAGAUGUCCCUUAUCAGUCCUGUUCUCAGUGUGUGUGUAAUGAAUCUAAGUGGGAUUUGGCAGAAGCGGUAUUACAUGAUUCUGUCAGUUGGUAUGUUUUGGUAGUAUGGUGAGGCAUAGGUGUGCAGGAAAUUCUGCCUCAUGUGACGAGACAAACAGUUGUGUGAAGUUAUUUACCUGUGAAGUUGUUACAUGUUCCUCACGCCGAACAUUUCAUGUAGUAUUGAAAACAUACCUUUUGGACUUUAAAAGGAGGAGGUUGAGAAAGUAAAGGAAGUUACCACAAGGAGCAAACAGCGUCCUCACCAUAUGCAAAGGGGACGUUCAGGUUCUUGUGUAGACUUGUUGACGUGGCUUCAUACAAGUCCUUUUUACUUGCUGUGCCGUGAGUGUGAGAUCCCUUUAAAGACGUUCCGGCCUCGGCGAACGUACUGUAAUGUGCAUGGAUAAGAAGACACGCUGGCCGCUGGUUCGCGGGUCGGACCCUUUAGUCGACUGGUUAAUGUUGUCACCCGCGAGGCAGGAGCUACGGGUUCGCGUCCCGGCUGUGGCGGUUCCCACGGCUGCCCCCUGAAUUCGCUGCAUUGGUGUCAGAAGUGGGAUGGAGCGACCGUAAGGCCAUCGGAAGCGUAUGCGCCCUGAGGCGUGAAGGCGCUACAGUAUAACAUGCAUGGAUAAGAAGACACGCUGGCCGCCGGCUCGCGGAUCUGACCCUUUAGUCGAGCGGUUAGCGAUGUCUCCUGCGGUGCGGGCGACACGGGUUCGCUUCCCGGCCGCGGCACUUCCUGUGGUUGCAUUGUCCCCCGAAUUCGCUACUGUACGUUAGCGGGCACCGACGUCCUGCUGUGUGUUACGAGACGGUCCUUGUUGCGUUUUGGUUUGUGCAACCUUGGACCGAUGGGGUUUUAACGAGCAACGAG